CAAUGGGGAGCCCGGGGAGGCGGGGCCUGGGAGGGCAGCUGUGACGUCACCAACCCGGAAGUGGUCCGUCUGUGGCAGAGAAGGGGGCAGGAGACGGCCAAGGCUCCAGGUGGGCUCCCUCAGGUUGCGGGGGCUGCAGCCUGGCCCUGGAGCAGACCGAGGGGAGACUCCAUGGCAGCCGAGGUGAAAGUCACAGGGCAGAACCAGGAGCAGUUCCUGCUGCUGGCAAAGUCUGCCCAUGGAGCUGCCCUGGCCAGCCUCAUCCACCAAGUGCUAGAAGCCCCUGGCAUCUAUGUCUUUGGAGAGUUGCUUGACAUGCCCAACGUUCGAGAGCUAGCAGACAGUGAGUUCUCCCCUGUCUUCCGCCUCCUCACCGUCUUUGCCUAUGGGACGUAUUCAGACUACUUGGCUGAAUCUGGGAAUCUGCCUCCCUUAACAGAGGCUCAGAAGAACAAAUUGCGGCAUCUCUCAGUCGUCACACUGGCUUCAAAACUCAAGUGCAUUCCUUACUCAAUGUUGCUGGAGCAGCUGCAGCUGAAAAAUGUGCGCCAGCUGGAGGACUUGGUGAUUGAGGCUGUAUAUGCAGAUGUACUUCGGGGAAGCCUAGACCAGCGUAAUCAACGAUUAGAGGUGGAUUAUAGCAUUGGGCGUGACAUUCGCAGGGAGGAGCUCAGUGCCAUCACUCGCACACUUCAGGAAUGGUGCCAGGGCUGUGAGGUUGUCCUUUCAAGCAUUGAAGAACAAGUUAGCCGAGCCAAUCUGCACAAAGAGCAGCAGCUGGGUCUGAAACAGCAAAUUGAGAGUGAGGUGGCAAAUCUUAAAAAGACAAUAAAGGUGACGACAGCAGCAGCUGCUGCAGCAACAUCCCAGGACCCUGAGCAGCAUCUGUCAGAACUCCGGGAGCCCGCUCCGGGUACCAACCAGCGCCAAGCCAGCAAAAAGGCUUCCAAGGGCAAAGGGCUCCGAGGCAGUGCAAAGAUCUGGUCUAAAUCAAACUAACAGGACUGCUGCUGGGAAGGACGAACAGAUGUCCCAUGUAUGGUGCUUGCUUCUCCAACCUGGAUGACUCUGCACAAGCUGUUCCUCCUCAGCUCCAGUCUCUCUCUAACCUCACUCUGCCUUUUCAUUUUCCCUUCUUCUGGCAUGCACAGCUAUGCUUUCUGUCCUUCUGUUGCUAUCUAAUUUUUUUUUAAUUUAUUUUUUUUUUUACUUUUUUUUCUGUUCUGUGUGUCACCAAUUUUUGGUUUUGCCCCCUCCCCCUCCUACUUUUGGGUGCAUUUUAAGGAGCCAUAAAAUGACCUCUAUUUCAGAUACCUUUGCACCAAUAGAAUAUUGUGGAAACCUGGUUGGAAAUGAAUGUGGCACCAAGUAACCACUUUUGUUCUGAGUGUUGAUCCUGGGACAUCUGCUCUGGGGCACAGUUUACCUUCUCAAUUUUUAGCUUUGCUAGGAUCAGUGGAGGGGCCGGGUGUGUAUGAGUGCGUUUUGGGUGGAUUGUUUUUAAAAAAUAGUAUAAAUAUAUAAAGCAAUUUAAAAAAUAAAUCUAUGGACAUAUCUAAA